AUGCCAGCAUAUCACUCGCAGUUCAACAGUGAAACUAGCUACCGCACAGUCGGUAAUAUGGUCUUGUUACCUAUAAGGACGAGAGUGAGAGGACCAGCGCCUCAGGCUCCACAAACUCAAGAUGAUAUAAUCGACGAAGCUCUCGAUCUUUUUCGAGCCAACUGCCUAUUUCGUAAUUUUGAAAUUAAAGGCAAUGCGGAUCGCGUGUUGAUUUAUUUAAUACUCUUUAUCUCGGAUUGUCUGAACAGAUUGACAAAGAAUACAAAUCAAAAAGACGCCGUGAAGGUGUUGAAUACGAGAGCGUUGGAUAAUUUUGCGUUACCGGGUGAACCGCAAUUUCCUUUGAAUGCAUUGUAUGCUGCGCCGGCAACUAGGGGAGAUGCUGGUAAGAAGAGGUUGGAGAAAGAGUGGGUAGAUGACGAGGAUUAA